AUGUACGACGUCGCGACGAACGUCAAGAAUUUGACAGAGCUUCUACUGCAAGCUCAUGAGAAUAAGAAAGGAAGGUGUCUGAAGAUAAUCUAUGCUACAGUGCUGUUAUGCGAGUCUCUCGUCGUCAUGACUUCUAGUGUCCCCGUUGCUGCUGCAGACAAUGUUCAGCAGAGUACCUUCAAUCCUUCAUGGAUGCGCUCUGCAUUUAAUGGUGCAGGUGGUGGAGCUCCUGUUCGAUCGCCGAAAACGGACUAUCCUGUGGCUGCACCCGUGUUUGUAAAGAACCGUUACGGUCGCGAAGAUAUGUUGGCCCUAAUGGGUGAUGCUGCUGGCCAUCCAGCUCCAGAGGGUCUGCGAAAUUGCCCGUUUUACGUUGAGGAAGCCUUACCGCCCAUUGUUUGCUAUCCCUUGUCUGAUUUAGAGCAGCGCCUCCAACACAACAUCAACUCGUCAAAAGCUAUGUCGUCCCUCUCCCACGCAGAACGUGCCAGUGUGGCAACUGGCGCUGCACUUGGAGGCGGAAACGCUGAUGGCACCUCAAUUCCUCACAAAACGAAUUCUAGUGCAUGGACUCCCGUGAAGCCAUGGAACCGAAAUCAUCCAGUUGGCAGUGCUUCUGCAAAAGGAGCUGGUGCUUCGAGAUCUCACGUGACCAGUGCUAGGAACGGUCCUCGUGGAGAUGGCACUUGCAGUAAUCAAGACCAGCCGCAACUAACAGCAUUUGGGCAGAGAUUUGCGAAUCGAGGUCGCGGGGCUCCAGCCUCUGCUCGUGGAGGUGGAGUGUCAGGAACGGCAUUCAACUCUAGAGCUCAGGGAUUGUAUGACCCUCGUGAUCCUAAAGAUCGCCCUCGUAAUCGCAUGCGCUCUACGAGUGAUGAAGGAGACACUCUCGGAGAUGGUGGGUGGACGACUGCUGGAGGUGGCAAACAUGCAUGGGGAAAUCACACCAAGGACUCAGGAGAGCACACUGCAUGGGCUAGUGGGCAAGGUGGUAAUGGUUCUUCUACCGAUGGUGUGACUCAUGAAGGCACGCGUAAAAGCGAAAGUGGACCACUGCCGGAAUGGAUGGAUGACGGCGAGGAUCAAGAGAAAACGGAGUCUAGUGAUGACACGACUAGCGCAACUGGUUCAUUUGAUGAGCAUGGCCGCUUCCGUAAGAAGCAACAUUCUUCUGCCGAUUCCAAAUCUCUGAGGAAGACUUUUAACCCAGCGCAGUCCAAGCAACAACAAAACGCCACUGGAACUACUGCUCUUACGAGUACAGAGAGGUCUGAUGAAAAUGCUGCGCCUCCUCAGGCGCCAUGUGAAGCCAACUCGUCUUCUACGCAAGUCGAUGCGCUGAAAACUGAAUCCGUAUCUUCAAGAAGCUUCACAAACUUACGACAACAAAGUGACUCCGCGGGUUAUGGCGGUUGUGUCACUCCGCAAAUAUUAUCAACUGUCACGCAAGUAGCUUCAAGUGUUCCUACACCAGUUAUACACCAGGGUCCUCCACAAUUCUACUACUUGGAUCCUAUGAAACAAGAGCGUGGGCCCUUCGAAAAGAUUCAAAUGGAUAGUUGGUACAAGCGCGGAUACUUCACUGACGGACUUGAAGUCCGUCGGCAUACUGAUACAAAGUACAAAACAUUGGGUGAGCUGAUGCAACUUAAUGGACGGGUGACACCUUUCGAUUACAAGGACGACGUAGUUUCCUCGCCCCCUGUCACGGCCGUGUUUUCUAAUCCUACUCAGCCUUUCGCCACACUCUUCACAAGUGGAGGAAUGUGGGGAGAGUUGGGAUCGCCUGCUAAUAUGAUAUAUGGGCAACCUGGUUACGACCCAAUAGCUGUCGAGAGAAAGCGUAUCGAGGAAGAACAAAGGCGAAUAUUAGAAGAACAAGUUAAAAUGAGGGAAUAUCAGGAACGCAUAAUGAGAGAAAUGCAAAAACAAAGAGAAGAGCACGAGAAACAACUCAUGGAGCAGAAGAUGGCGCUUUUGAAACACCAGGAAGAAAUUGAGCGACGUGAGCGUGAGCUGAAAGAAUCUGCUGAAGAAACAAAAGCCCGUUUGGAAAUGGAACGGCUCGCUUUAGCUGAGAAAGCCCGUCAGAUUGAAGAGGAGCGUACUGCAAAAAUUAAGCAAGAGCUGGAAGAUGCUCGGAAGGAGGAAGAAAAGAGAAUCGAAGAAGAACAGAGGAGGCAAAAAGAAGAAUUGGAGAGGUUGCGAAAAGAGGAGGAAGAGGAACUGAGGAAACGAGAACAAGCUGAAAGAGAAAGACGUGCUCAACAAGCUGCUGAAGAGGAAGCCUGCCGCUUGCGCGCCGCAGCUGAAUUAGCUGCUGAAAAAAUACGUCUUCAGCAAGCUGAGCAGCAAAGAAAACAGCGCGCGGUGGAAGAGCAACGCAAAAAAGCAGCUGCAGGUCCAGCACAAGAGAAGGAGAAGCGACAAGACAAUGCGAAAGCUUUUGAAAUCGAAGAGACCUGGCAGGCAGCAUCCAAACCAGUGCAAUCCGGUGUGGAUAGUGUGACCGCUACUAAAAAAUCGCCAUCGACAAAAGCUGCACCGUGGCUAGCUGCAGUUGCGGCCCCUCCCAAGGAGAAAUCUUUGAAAGAAAUUCAAGAGGAGGAAGAAAGACAGCUUCGAGCUGAGCAGGCCGAACAGGCUCGCCUACGAAAAGAGCAAGAAAUAGUAAGCAUCCAGUCAUCCGGAACUUGGUCGAAUGCCUCGCAACGUCUUCAGUGGAAUCAGCCUCCUCAGACUAUUGUAACAAAGGCUCCUGCUACAAAACCAGCAUGGGGUGGUGCUGGUGUGGAGCCUCUUAAGGCAACCUCUUCUCCAUACUGGGAUGGGCCAUCACUACAAGCAGCCAACAAAGUGCAUAAUGCACCGUCCAACAAAUUAGCGUCUGAGAAAUCGCCCAGUACGAAGUCAAGUAGUGUCAAAGCUGGAUCCAACGCGUUGGUGAAUGAAAAGGCGGCCAAACGUGCUUUGGGUAUGACUGAAGACAGUAGCAUUUUCUUGGACUGGGUAGUUCAACGCCUGAAGCAGCUCAACUCUACUGUUGAAGCCGACGUUCUUGCUAUGUUUAUCGAAGGUGUUGAGAACCCCGAUGAGGUGGAAGAUUAUGUUGUUGGAUACCUUGGUGAUUCCAAGGCUGUUAAAGAGUUCGUCAGAGAAUUUCUUCAAAAAAGGAGCGACUUCCGUAAUCGGAAACUACACGCGGUAAAAGAUGAUCUCUCAAGUGCCCGUGGGGCACCAAUUUCGGGUAAUACUUCAGGAGGGUUUUCUGCUGUUCAGGGUAGAAAGAAGAAAAACAAGGGUGCUCGUCUUGUCGUUGAUGGCUCCUGUUUGGGUUUUCGUGCUACAUCGGAUCCAAAUAGAGUGAAUCAAGGAGAAAUUGAGACUGUAGCACUAUCACCAGAAAUGUUUAACCUUGGAAGACGAGUUUUGUGUUGUAUUUUGCUCACAUUCAUGAUGACUGCUGUCCCUUCAUAUAUUAGCAUAUAUUUUUAUAUACUGGAUUUUUUUUUGACCCUAGUAGCCUUACGUACUCGUAGUAUUUCGGAAGGUUCCACCCUGUCUGCACGAUCGAUCGAUGGUUCGAAUCCCACCGAGUCUUCCGGAGUCGAUAAAUUGGUAGCAGACUUGUCGGAGAAGAUAAAAGCACUGACUUGA